ACCUCCCCCCCCAGCCUUCACCCAUCCCAAAGACUGAUUAGCGCGGCAUCCUUGCGCUGACACAUCAUGUAAUUUCUGGAGCUCUCUGUGUGUGUUUGUGUGUCCUCACUCAGGAAUGUGAAGCUCGUUCUUAAAGCUGCUAAGAAGAUCCCCCCCCCCCCCCCCCCCGUGUGAUCGUGAAAUCUCUCCGUUGUGAGAGAGAGACCAUCUCUGACCUGUCAGUAGAAAUAGGGGCUUCGAGGAGCUCAGUGAGGAAGGAGCGCAGGGUUUCUCCUCUAGAGGAGGAUUUUUACAGGUAAGCGGGACUGCGUUUGAUUCAGAGGGAGAACAGACAGCCAGGCGGGCGCUGACGGUUUAGGUUCGGCAGAUUCGCGCUGUGAGACCGGCGGUGAGUUUAAAGACGGCCGCACUGCUGGAACGCACAGCAGGAAUCGCGCACUUUUCCCAGAGACGCGCGGGAUCACCGCCCGGUGCGUGCCACCUGUGCAGCUCAUGCGCAGACAGCAGCCAAACCACGCAUAUGUGCGCGCACAGCGGGUGAUUUCAUAAGAGGGAAAACACAAGACUCUGCCCCGGAAGGUUCUGCAGACAGCAAUAACUCUGAGAGACGCAAUACUCAAUCUUCCAAAGCCAAAGAGAGGCGCACGCUUCCCACUGCUUCCAUUUGGCCCAGCCGAGCUCCACUCCUCCGUUUUUAAACUCAGGUUGUACACGAGGACAAAGUCAGCUCGGUGUUUCUUGUGGAUUCAUGAAUGCAACAUUUUGACAGACUCUCGAACUGCGCAGUCAUCGCCAGCUCUCACAAACUUCACGUCUUCCAUUUCCAGCAGUUUCCAUCAUCCCCCACCAGCUGAGCUUCAAACACCGGGCUUCCAUUAGCUCUUACAUUGUCUGGUGCAGGCAGUGUCAAUAAGGAGACCUGAGGGUGUGCCACGGAGUAUAAAUAGUUGAACAAAGAGGCCGAAACCUGAGACCUGGUCUGAUUCUUCCCUCUGGUAACUCUAGAUGCUCAAACACUGAGAGGCGCACGAACAAACUGCUGCUGAUGUGAGCUUUUUCCUGUUGUUGAACAAGGAGCAGAGCAAGAGGAGGACCCACCCGCACCACCCACCCCUCAGAUAAACAGGAGGCGACUUUUAGUCACAGUUGGAACGUCUUUGGCGUGUUUAUGCUCUGAGGGUUUCCAGAUCUGUCCUGUCUGUGUAUGUGUGUGUGUCUGUGUGUGCACUGUUGAGAGACGCCACCACCCCUCUGUCCUCUGUCAGGAUGUCCGCGGUGAAGGAGCUGCUGCUGCUGCUGCCUCUGGUCCUCCUGGCACUUGAAGCGCCGCUGUGCUACGGGGCCUGCGUGGAAGUGGACUCGGACACAGAGGCUGUUAUCAACGAGGGCUUCAAGCUGGGCUGCAUCUACUGUAAGAUGAGAGGCGAGGUGGAUGCCACGGCCACCGUCAAAUGGUCCUUCAAAGGUUCAGGCGACAGCGACUUCUCAGAUCUGUACAUUUAUGAUAAUGCAAGGGGCGAGAUCAUUGACCCACGUUUCUACGAGCGUCUGGACUGGAACGGCAGCAAGAAUACCAGGGACCUGCAGGAUGGCUCCAUCUACAUCCUCAAUGUGACCUACAAUGACACUGGAACCUACAAAUGCGAAUUUAGCCGGCUCCUCAAAUACAGCAACUAUGACUACCAAACGGCCAUCGAGAAGAACAUCACCAUUAAUGUGGUUGCACGGCUUACCCGGGGAAUGGCGUCCAUCUUGUCUGAGGUGAUGAUGUACGUCUCCAUCAUCGGGCUGCAGUUUUGGCUCUUGGUUGAGAUGAUUUACUGCUACAGGAAGAUCUCGGCAGCAGGAGAGGAAGCUCUGAGAGAGAGCGCGGAGGAGUAUUUAGCUAUAGCAUCGGAAAGUAAAGAUAAUUGUGCAGGUGCACAAGUGGCAGAAUAGCACCGAUUGGGGAAACGUUCAAGGCGGCUUCUUUGAGGAGUUGCUCGUCCUCUUGUGUGCCCUCUCCCCCCCUCACCAUCCUCUCCACAAGCUGGAAACAUGGAACCACAGCAAGGAGAAAGAUCUUCACAGAAAGUUUUUUUUUUUUCCUAAAGUGACUUUCUGCAGCAGGAUGAAGGACGAACUUUCUGAGAGAACACACGGAUGCAUCAGGUCUUUGUUAAGCUGGACAGAGGGAGGGAGUCAUGCUGUAUAUAGGUGUAUAAGUCUGCACAGAACACAUGUAGGGUCUAUUAUACGCUACAUAUUCACUAACUGCAUGAUUACAAGUUUAUCAAGAAAUACUUCAUCACUCUCCAUGUGUUGGUGCCAGUGAGUGUUAAAAUCCCUGGUUUCCUCUGCAGGUUCACAAAACUGUGGAGCCAAAUAAAAACUGUUUAUCAUGUUUAUCUAUAUAACCACGAUAAUCAGUUUAUACUACAAAAUAAUGUAAAAUACAAAUAUAACUGCAGGUCUAUCUUACGUGCAGCUCACUGUUCAUCAGCUGGAGAAAAUGUCCACACAUCCAAACACUUUGAACCUUUUUAACCCGCAGGAUGUGGAGCAGCUUUUAAUACAGAUGAUUUUGAGACGGUUCUGAUUGUCUGAUUAAAGUUUCUGCGCACAUGAAACACGACAGCUUCACCUUCACACGCAGCAGAAAAGUGCUGCUAAAUCUUUAUUUCACCACACAAAUGUUACCUUACAGACAAAGAUGCACUCACAGGUUACAGUGGACAUAUUCUGCUUUUCCUUAUUCUCCGUCAUAUAUACAUUCCUAUGAUGGCGUUCAGACCCCGAACUUUCAGCCCCAGAAGCUUCCAGAUGAAGCUGUCAUCCUCCUCCUCAGAGGCCAAAUCCUGUUUUUGUGUCAGGCUGUAAAAAUGUUUAUUUCUGCUGCAAAGUUUACUGUAGAGCCUACAGGGACCGACUCCCUGCUGGAGUUAGGCUCUGGUGGACAUUAGGGGAACUGCAGCCUCUGCAGCUGUUUGCCCUGUGCUGUGGUGGUGCUUGUUACUGCUGGAGUCUUUUUGUUUUGGUGGAAGAUUUGGGGAUUGGGUUCUAGCACCAGCCCUGCACUGGUGAACAAAAGGCAUGCAAAGCUACUCCAUUUCAGACCAGCAAUAUAAACGGAGCAGGAAUGAGCAGAAUAGGUCUGCUGCAGCAAGUUUUAAUGUUCAACAUUAGAUCCUGUUUUAUCUCAUGUACGUCACAGGCCAGGUUAAAAAAGCCUGGCAGGCCUUUUCAGCAGCUGUUUAAACUGGCUGUUUGACACAAGGAGGCUCGCUGCUCAUUUGAAUUUGCCCUUCAAAGUUGUUUACAAGCAUCAGUGCUGAAAAACAAACAAACAGUGACUUCCUGUCACAGAUCAGAAGCUGAUGCCCCCGAGAAAGUGUAACGCUCAGCAGCUGAACGUUUCCCACUGAUGUUUAGCUUCACACCAAUGUCUUAGUGUCUUUGUAGAAAACUUAAGGGCUCAACAAGCUAUUAUAAAACUGCUGUGGGCAAAUGUACCACAAACCGUGCCCAGUGUGCCUCCCGGAGAGAAGCCAGUGGAAACACAAAAGGGAAAAAGGUGAAGCCUUGGCUUUUAAGAAAAACAUGUUUCCAGAUAGCCACUAGAUGGCAGCUCAACACUGCCAGUCUGCAUGUUUACUGCUCAUCUGUUGUACAAAAGUAAGUUUCAUACUUUGAGAGUUUAAGGAGGAGACACACGUACCUGCAUGCUGCGUGUUGGAAUAAUGCAAAGGCGGAAAAGUGACGUUUUCUUUUCAGUACAAACACCAAAAGUUUGAGAUGCUAAAAAAGAACAAAUAAGCAUCCAUGCACUCCUUUCUAAGUGAUGUUGUUUGUGCUUUGAAUACAUUUUCCUGCACAAAUGAAGAAACCGGUGAAACGAGAAGAAACCUUCUGCUCGUGCUUCAGCAAAUCAAAAACUGCAGUUUUAGGUGUGGAAAUGUUGCUUACUGGAAACAAAAUGAAAUAAAGAAACACUGAAAUAAAUGAAACUUCUGACACAAUAAGCUGUUCGAGUCCUUUACAUGUGUGUCGGGUUAAUGUGCAGUGAAGUCUGUGAAUGAAGUAAAACUGAGCUGCAAACACUCGAAUUAGUUUUUAAAGUGAAUUCUGCAUUUUAUUGUAGAUUCUGUUCCUGGGUGGUCACAUGUUAGUAAUGUUAGUUAUUCAUGUUAUAUGUUUGUGAGCCAAAGACAGUUUUUUCCAGUCCAGGAUCUCUAUGAUGUCACCUCACAGAGGAGCUGAAAGAUUUUCUAAGAACAAAGUUGAGUUUACGGCGACCCCGCUUGGUCAGAACGUGCAGAGCUCAGCGUGACGGUGACUUUAUGAACUUCAGUCUUCAACAAGUGAAAAGUUCUGUGGGGUUAAGAUCAGGUGACUGACUUGGCCAUUCAAGAAUACUCCUUUGCUUUAAUAAACUGAGUUGCUUUGGCUGUUUUGGGUCAUUGUCCAUCUGUUUUAUGAAAUCAGGCCCAAUCAGUUUUUAGCAGUAUUUAGCAGGAUGUGAGCAGUUUGUCUCUGAACACCUCAGAGUUCAUUCAGCUGCUUCUGUCCUGAGUCACAUCAUCAAUAAACACUAGUGUCUCAGUGCUACUGGCAGCCGUGCACGCCCAAACCAUCACACAGCCUCCCCCGUGUUUUACAGACGAUGUGGUGUGUUCUGGAUCAUGAGCUGUUCCACGCCUUCCUCUUUGUUUCAGCCGUCCAAAGAAUACUUUUUAGCCUUUCUAUUCUUGAGGCCCUCUGUAUUUACUUUCAUGCAGUCUUCUCUUAAGGUUAGACUUGGAUAUCGAUACGCCUCCUGGAAAGUGUUGUUCACUUGAUAGGCUGUUGUGAAGUGGUUUCUCUUCACCAUGGAAAUUAUUCUGCGAUCAUCCACCAUUGCUGUCUUCUCUGGACGUCCAGGUCUUUUUGCGUUGCUGAGGUCACAGUGCUUUCUUUCUGUCUCAGGAUGUACAACACUGAAGACUUUGCAACUCCUAAUACUGCAGCAUUUUCUCUGAUGAGGUUUUUCUGCUCCUUUGAGCGCAUGUGUGGUGGAUCAUAAUUUGGUGGAUCAGUUUUAGAAUUGUACAUCUCGGUUCCUUACAUUUCAUGUCAUGUCUUUAUUAAUGUUUUAUUUGUUGCUUUGACUGUUUUCGAAUAGAAUAUGCAGUGGGAAUAUAGAGGGAGAUAAGUAGUGAAAGUUCUGUCUGGGUUGAUUGUGCGUCGAUCCAUUGGUAAUGCCUCAGGGCUCCAGUAGGUGGGUUCGCGCGCCUCCUUCACUCACAGACGAGUGAGAGCUGCGUGUCUGUGCCGUUCUUUCACCUCUCCUCACUAUUUCCCCUGUUUAAGGUAACUGCCAUGCACAGAACUGUAUAAAUGUGUGUUACUGUUGAUUAUUACGUUGUUAUCAUUGUUCAUUAUAGCGAAAGAUGUGAAUUGCGGACUGUUUUUGGCUGAGACGUUCCAGUUAAUCUCUGUUGCUGUGUAUGCUAGUUUUCGCUAGUACUCCGCCAUAUUGUGUGAAUAUUUUUCUGUUACUGUCUGUAUAGGUUUUUGGCCAGUGUUAAAGUUAAUGUUGUCCAAAGUAUUUUUAUAAACUCAAUACAGACGAGUGAGAGUGAGA